AUGGCGGCCGCGCCAGAUAAUCUCUCAUCCCCAAUGGCAGAUCUCAGAGUAUCCGCUCCAUUUACACUCUCCGGCUCCGACACUUCCUCGGUCGAUGAAGAUGCUCCUCUACCAUUUCCCGAAGCUCUCCCUCGCGCCGACUUCCUAGCUCAAGACUUCCAACCUGCCGCCUAUCUAUCUGCUCUACCACAUCGUCACCAGACCCUAGAGGACUUGCGAUCGGACCUUCGCGACAGGAGUGCUGCGAUCAGCUCUGAACUUCUCGAACUUGUCAAUUCGAACUACACAGCCUUUCUUUCACUCGGUAGCGAACUGCGCGGCGGCGAUGACAAGGUUGAAGAUGUCAAGGUUUCUCUACUUGGUUUCCGACGGGCUGUAGAGGAAGUCAAGACAAAAGUCACGGAGCGAAAAGAGGAGACGAAUGCCCUUAAUGGGGAGCUGCGUGGUGUCCGAUCAGCUAUCGAGAAGGGCCGAAAAAUGAUUGAGCUAUCUCAGCGUCUCUCAUCACUAGAAGAACGUCUAUCCCUAGAUAGUCUACCGAAUAACGACGACUGGGACGAAGAAAGCGAGGACGAGGACGAGGACGAGGACGACAACUACGGAAGCUCCCCAACAAGACUGCUCGCCUCAGCACAAGAAUGCAGCCGCAUCACAAAGCUUCUCGAGUCUUUAGACCCGAAUGCCCCGUUUGUGAUCAAGAUGGAGGAACGUUUGACACGGUGCAGAAACACAUUGCUGCUAGACUUGGGCAAUGCUCUAAAAGAAGCAAAAAAGGCUGAUGUAAAAGGACAGGAUAGAGUGCUAAAGUGUUUGGCGAUAUAUAGAGUGCUAGAUGCACAAUCAGAGGCCGUCAAGGCCCUCAGAGGCAGUUCAUAG